GCCCCCGCCCCCCUUUGACUACACCGGCAGCGAUGCGGAUGAAACCCAGCGGAUCCUCCGUGUGACUCCGGCCGCCUCUCGAGCUCCGUGGUCGAUCCGUCUUUUAGAGCUCAGUGCCCGGGGGAUGGUUUCUGCUCUCGGAUCCAGAUAUUCAGACGCAGGAGCCGGGAGAGGAGAGGGCUAGCUGGACGUAUUUAAACCCACGACUCCCGGGUUGACGCUGUAUUUUAUCGGGGACUUCUGUGGAUGUGUCGGGGGUGUUUAACGGGGUUCUCCCGGUUCUACUGUUUGGGUGCACUCGGUUCUUCAUGCCCCGGAGGCCCGGAGGAGCUCAGACUGCGGAGCCCCGGAGCAGAGCUCGGACUCCGGGGAAGUAGAGGAGGACUUGGUCCCUCUGCCCCCCCCCACCAUGAACCCUCUGAACCAGAUGAAGGGAGGACUGGGCAACAACCCUCACAGUGAGGGUUCGUACCCCUACGACCCCUCCAGCUGGCAGCAGCCCACCAAUCAGCCCACCGGAUCCCUCUCCGUGGUAACCACGGUGUGGGGCGUGACCAAUCCCUCGGCCAGUCAGGGAAUGGGCGGAGGGGGGAUGGGACCUGGAGCCAACCAAGGCGGGGGCCCCAUGAUGCAGGGCCCCGGGGGCCCCGGCAUGGCCGGGGGUCCUGGGGGCUACAUGGGCCAGCAGGGCUACGGCGAGCCCAGCAAAGGCUACAUGAACCAGGGCAUGUACGGGCGCCCGGCGGGGGGGUACGGCGGGGCCCCGGGGGGGUACUCCAGCAGUUACCCGACGAACCCCGGAGGCUCCAGAGGCUCCGCUGACUUCACUCAGGCCGCCGCCGCCGCCGCCGUCGCUGCUGCCGCCGCCACGGCAACGGCCACCGCCACGGCAACCGUCGCCGCCAUCCAGGAGAAACAGAACCAGGAGAUGAACUAUGGACAGAUGGGGGGUCAGGCCUAUAACAACCAGUACAUGACCCACUCCGGACCCCGCGGCCCCCCAGGCAUGGGCGCUGGAGGUAUGGGCCCCGGGCCUGGACCCAACAGAGGCCCUCCCUCCAUGGGCCCCAUGUAUGGACCAGGAGGGGGCCCCCAGAGAGUCCCUCAGCACCCAAACUACGGCCCCGGGCCCCAGCAGGGCCACCUGAGGCCCCCGCAGGGCCUGAAGCGCCACUACAGCUCUGAGUCCUUCCCGGGAAUGUCUCAGCAGUACGGAAUUCCUGGCGGCCCCAACGUGAUGUCGGGGCCCGCUGGCGCCGCUGGUUCCAUACCGGGUUCUGGCGGAGGCGUUCACAGCGCUCACGGGCCGUACGCCGGCCCCAACAUGCCGUACCACCCAGGUCCUGGAGGUCCAGGCCCCGCCCCCCAGCGCUCUGGCUCCUCCCCCUCCUACCAGACCCACAAGAUGUCCCUCCCACAGUACCCCCCAUCAGGGCCGCCCAACCCCCAGUACUACAAACAGGAACACUUUAACGGUCAGGCUGGAGCUCUCAGCGCCAUGACGACGGGAGGUGGAGCAGGUGUCUACAGCUCCUUCAACCAGCCGCCGGGGCCGGGCCGAGGGUUGCCGGGUUACCCCUCCUCUCCGGUCCCUGGGAACCCGACCCCCCCCAUCACCCCCAGCAGCUCCAUGGCCCCGCCCUACAUGUCACCUGGCAACACGGACGUAAAGCCGCCGCCCUCUUCCUUCCUCCCCGACAUCAAGCCCAAUAUGGCCAGUCUGCCCCCGCCCCCCCCGACAGGUAACCCUAGCGACGACCUGCGGCUGACCUUCCCGGUGCGUGACGGCGUGGUCCUAGAGCCCUUCAGAUUAGAGCACAACCUGGCUGUGAGCAACCACGUCUUCCAGCUGAGAGACUCCGUGUACAAGACGCUCAUCAUGAGACCGGACCUGGAGCUCCAGUUCAAGUGUUACCACCACGAGGACCGGCAGAUGAACACUAACUGGCCCGCCUCAGUCCAGGUAAGCGUCAACGCAACUCCUCUCACCAUAGAGCGAGGAGACAACAAGACGUCCCACAAGCCCCUGUACCUGAAGCAGGUGUGUCAGCCGGGCAGGAACACCAUCCAGAUCACUGUCACCGCCUGCUGCUGCUCUCACCUGUUCGUCCUCCAGCUGGUCCACCGUCCCUCGGUCCGCUCGGUGCUUCAAGGUCUGAUGAAGAAGAGGCUGCUGCCUGCAGAACACUGUGUCACCAAGAUCAAGAGGAACUUCAGCAGUGGUUCUGUCUCUGGGACCCCUGGGCUGAACGGAGAGGACGGCGUGGAGCAGACGGCCAUCAGAGUCCUUCUGAAAUGUCCCAUCACCUUCCGCCGCAUCCAGCUGCCCGCCAGAGGUCACGACUGCAGACACGUGCAGUGUUUUGAUCUGGAGUCGUACCUUCAGCUCAACUGUGAGAGAGGGACAUGGAGAUGUCCUGUGUGCAAUAAAACCGCUCUGUUAGAAGGUCUGGAGGUGGAUCAAUACAUGCUGGGAAUCCUCAUCUAUGUUCAGAACUCUGAGUACGAGGAGAUCUCCAUCGACCCGGUCUGCUGCUGGAAGCCGGUCCCGGUGAAGCCGGACCUCCACGUGAAGGAGGAGCCCGACGGGCCGGCUCUGAAGCGCUGCCGCACGCUGAGCCCGAGUCACAUGGUGCUGCCCAGCGUCAUGGAGAUGAUCGCCUCGCUAGGCCCCGCCCCCUCCUCGGCCGCCUCCUCCCCCAUGCCCUACCCCCCCCUUCCUGGGGGGGCCACGGGGGACUACCCAGGACCAGCUCCGUCCUAUCCCAGUCAACAUACUGGUUUCUCAGACUUCUCCAGUCCUGGGACUCCAGGCGUUGGGGGGGAUUUCUCCUCCCCCGGCCCCCCCCCUCUCUCCUACCAGUCUGAACUCUCCAGUGCCCUUCUCACCCCCGACAAACCCCCCCCCCACCCGCUCGCUGGACAGAUGUCCCUCUCAGGCCGCCUGGACUCCACUUCCCAUGGUGCUCCUCACCCCCAGCAGCAAUCGCAGAGUCACCAUGGCAACUCCCACAUGGGUGGGAGCAACAUGUUGAUGCAGCAACGCAGCAACCAGAACCCCCGUCUCCAUGGCGACGGCUCCUUCAGCCUCGGCGGGUCCACGGAGGUUCCUGAAGCUUCUUUGGAUUUGCUUCCGGAGUUGACCAACCCGGACGAGUUGCUGUCGUACCUCGGACCCCCGGACCUCCCCAACAACAACAACAACGACGACCUGCUGUCGCUGUUUGAGAACAACUGAAGACACACACACACACACACACACACACACACAGGAAGUAGCGGUAGCUAAAGAUUCUUGUUUUACUGUUUUUCGUCCUCUUUGUCCUCCGAUGGACGAAGCUCAGCAGCGACCAGGAGGAUUCUGGGAUUUGUUGUUUUUAAAUGUGAAGAUGAGCUUUGAACGUGGCUCACAAACAGGAAGUGACCUGAUGGAUCUCUUCUUCUGGCCUCGUAAUAAACGUUGUGAUUCAAAGAGUCCGAACUGAGUGGCAGAACUCUGACGUCAUGUGAUCUGGUUUCUCCAUUCGAUCAAUAAGCUGAUUGACGGCUGUCUUCAGAGGGAUGAGUUUCCUAUCCUCCCCCCUCCAGUGUAUUAUUAAACAUGAUUUUAUAUGAAUAUGAAUGAGGGGAAUGAGUCCAUUUACAUUUUUAUAUCUGUGUUUUUAUCAGAUAAGAUCUCUCACACACACACACACACACACAGUCGUCGCUCAUCGUCUUCCUCCUCUUCAUCAUUCAAUCAGUUGUAAAGUUGCUCGCCAUGCGUCCCGCUGGCUUCUGGGUAAAUAUCUGUUGAGUCUUUGUAAUUUAAUAAACACACUGGAAAGA